AUGGCAGACGAAGAAUUACCACCGAGUAAAUUGGGCACUAAAAGUCAUUGGGAUGAGGUGUAUGAACGAGAAGUGAGAGUGUUCAACGAUGUUGGCGACGAAGGGGAAGUAUGGUUCGGUGAAUCCUCAGUCACGAAAAUGCGUAAAUGGGCUCAACGUCAUCUUCCCCCUUUUCCAAAUCAAGGACCCAUACGAAUCCUAGAAUGCGGUUCAGGCAACGGUACUCUCCUCUUAUCAUUCCUCACUUCAUCAUCACUCGAUCCAAAUGUUCCACCAGCCAAGCAGAAUUUCCAUCUGACCGGAAUAGAUUAUUGUGAAUCUGCUCGAUUGCUCGCUCAAUCAGUCGAAAAAUCCCGGAGGGAGAAUAUUCAACAAGAGAUUGAACAAGCUCUGGAAGAUGACGAAGAGGAAUUGGUCGAAAAUGACAUACAAUGCGAAUGGCGUACAGAAGAUUUAUUAAGGAAAGAUUUCAAUGGUGAACAAUGGGAUUUGGUGUUGGAUAAGGGUACAUACGAUGCAUUGUGUUUAAGCUCAGAAGGGAUAGAAGAAGAAAAUGGUAGAUUACCUAGUCAGGUAUAUCCUGAGAAAGUAGCAUUGUUGGUUAAGAAGGGUGGUUAUUUCUUGAUUACUAGUUGUAAUUUUACGGAGGAGGAGAUCAAAGCGAGGUAUACGAAAGAGGGGUUAGGUUUCGAAUUCCACUCAAGCGUGCCUCAUCCUUCGUUCUCGUUUGGCGGUAAAUCCGGUACCACAGUAUGUACAGUAGCAUUCAAGAAGGUGAUAUAA